GCGGACCAUCCUAUGGGGACAUGUCAAUCUUUAUUUUUUAAAAGUUGAAUUCUUUCCCUUUUCAAUUGCAAACGGCAUAGUUGUCAGUCUACAUAAAUUAAUUCUGGUGAUAGGCAAACUAUUUUGCUGUUAAAGCGGGAAUAUUUGAGAUAGUAUUACUGGCUUCGGUUUUAAUAAUUUUGUUUUUCAUGGCUUUUACAAUGUUGAGGCCAAUAUCAACUCACCCGUUUUCCUACCCACCUCCUGACCUCAACAUGAUGUCCGACGACGACGAAAACAGGAGCGAGAGUGACGGUAGCUCGGAUCAGAGCUACGGAUGCUGUGCCAGCUCAGGGAAAUACCGAAAGAUUUCUCGCGUCGUUGGGGUUGGUGGGGUGGUUGUUGUCAAACAACGAAACGCAGCAAACGCCAGGGAACGAGACCGUACACAGAGUGUCAACACCGCCUUCACUGCGCUCAGAACACUAAUACCCACCGAGCCGAUGGACAGAAAGCUUUCCAAAAUUGAAACUCUCCGACUGGCCUCCAGCUAUAUCUCGCAUCUGGCCAACGUUCUCGUGCUUGGAGAUGGGCGCGAGGAUGGGCAGCCUUGUCUGAGCGCAGUGUACCGCGCGCGUGAUGGAGAGGCCAAGCAACCGAAAACGAUAUGCACAUUUUGCUUGAGCAGUCAGCGAAAAGGGGUGAAAGAUGGAAGAGACUGUGCCAAAAUGAAUGGCCCCCUGAAAUUGCAUGGAGCCAGUACACUGCGGAUGAAUCGGCGUUAAAACCCAAAUCGUCUGCCUCUGAGGAAUGUUGAACCCAAGCCCAGGCCAGACAUCAUGGGAGAAAAACGAUUACUCACCAAUGUAAAGGACAGAGUAUCAAUCUAUGGAAAAAGGCUUUGCCACAAAGACCAUUUUCAGGAAUAUCUGUGAGAGAAAAGACUGUUCCACCCAAACAACUGUCUCUACAAUCAUUCACAGGGGCAUCUGGCAAAAAUAGAAAGAAAAUAUGUUGAUUGAACACUGUUCGAGAGACAGCUUUUUAUGUUGUCUUUUUAACACAUUUUGUAUACUUUGAAAUUAAAUAUAUUUUUGAUAUAGUU